GUGCGCAGUGUCUAUAUUUUCGAAACCGUGAAGCUAAGAGCCAGCUAGACAACAGUAAGCUAGCUCAGAUAAAUUAGACAAAGAAACCUUGUGAGAGCUUGAAUGAAAGAGUUCAAAGUGUCGGACGGAGAACGGGGCGAGUGUAACACAGAGCUAUAUCCGAUUUUCGAUGUCUAUGGGAGUUUAAAUUUGAAAGAGAGUAGCAUGAGAAUGGGGCCAUGAAGGACCCUGUGAUGACAUAGACGAGCUCCACCUUUAUUCAUUUCAAAAAUUCAAGAGUACUUGCAGAAGUCGAGUGAGUGGUUCCUCCUACGCCUACCAUGUCGCGGGUUCCCACCCCCCCUCCUCCAGGGGAGAUGUCAAGUGGACCUGUGGCAGAGAGCUGGUGCUACACACAGGUCAAGGUGGUGAAGUUUUCCUACAUGUGGACCAUAAAUAAUUUUAGUUUUUGUAGAGAAGAAAUGGGAGAAGUCCUGAAGAGCUCAACUUUCUCCUCUGGCCCUAAUGACAAAAUGAAAUGGUGUCUGCGAGUUAAUCCAAAGGGACUCGACGAUGAAAGCAAAGAUUAUCUGUCGCUGUACUUACUGCUUGUUAGUUGUCCAAAAAGUGAAGUUAGAGCUAAAUUCAAAUUUUCGUUGUUGAAUGCUAAAAGAGAGGAGACAAAAGCAAUGGAAAGCCAAAGAGCGUAUAGAUUUGUUCAAGGAAAAGACUGGGGAUUCAAAAAGUUUAUACGAAGAGAUUUCCUACUUGAUGAAGCUAACGGACUCCUACCAGACGACAAGCUUACACUCUUCUGUGAAGUCAGCGUCGUCCAGGACUCGGUGAACAUUUCGGGUCAGUCAAACAUGAACAUGCUGAAGGUGCCCGAGUGUCAGCUGUCGGAUGACCUGGGGAACCUGUGGGAGUGUUCGCGCUUCACCGACUGCAGCCUGUACGUGGGGGGACAGGAGUUCAAAGCCCAUAAAUCCAUCCUUGCAGCUAGAUCACCCGUCUUUAACGCAAUGUUUGAACACGAAAUGGAAGAAAGUAAAAAGAAUCGUGUUGACAUCAGUGAUGUGGAUCCAGAUGUCUUUCGGGAAAUGAUGGGAUUCAUCUAUACAGGAAAAGCCCCAAAUUUGGAGAAAAUGGCGGAUAAUUUGCUGGCAGCUGCAGAUAAAUAUGCUCUGGAGCGUUUAAAGGUCAUGUGUGAAGAGGCCCUGUGCAACAGCCUCUCGGUGGAGAACGUGGCCGACACCCUCAUCCUGGCUGACUUGCACAGCGCCGAGCAGCUCAAAGCACAAGCCAUAGAUUUUAUCAACAGGUGCAGUGUCCUGAGACAGCUGGGCUGUAAAGAUGGAAAGAACUGGAAUAGCAAUCAUGCCACAGACAUAAUGGAGACUGCAGGCUGGAAGUCGAUGAUCCAGUCCCACCCUCACUUGGUCGCCGAGGCCUUCCGCGCGCUGGCGUCGGCGCAGUGCCCGCCCUUCGGACUCCCGCGGAAACGUCUAAAACAGUCUUGACUGCCAGACUUGGGGCCGGGACUUGACUGGGGGUGUGAAAAGUGGGUUUACAAAGGAAGGACUUAUGAGGUCACCUCUUCUGUUUCCACCAAAACUGAACACACUUGAAUAAAGAAGACGAGUGGAGCUUUCUGGCCAGAGAUGUGGGGAGGCUGGCACGUGGAAGGCCGACAUCAGUGGAUUGGACAACAAAACGAUUCAGUCGACGUUGCUUGCUGUGCUGCUCAUGUUGAAUGUGAUUCAACCUGAGUAGCAAGCCAACCGUUUUAUUUUGUUUUAGUUUUUUUGUUUCCUGUAACUUUCAAAAAUGGCCUUAAUAUAUCUGCCAUUGCUCUGGACCUGCUCUGGAGUACUCCGUCUCUUUACUCUGUGCCUGCCUUGUCACAAAGACCAGGCCUCCUCCAGGUUGCACUAGUUCCCAUGUACAGUCGUUUUGAUAUGGAGUUCUAUAGGAACGUAACAAAGGUUUAACUAAAUGGGAAAUAUAUAUUUGUAAUGUUUAGCCCGUUUUGUGACUAGACAUUAAAAAGCAUGAACAGUCAGUGCAAGGUCAGUUCUUUACACUUUUUAAAAGAUGCGUAUGCCCCAUAUUGAUGGCAACAUUUCUAUGUAAAUGACAGCUGAAUCAUCUUCAGAAGACCAAUGUACAAGUGUGUUGUACUGCAUAUUUGUGUGGGGAAAGUGGUAAUCUGCCGUUAAAAAAAGGAAAAAAAAAACAAUCUGGUAAGACAUAAAAGUGUCGAUACUCUGGCCCAAUCCUAAAAAACAACAACAGCACAUGGAAGUAUGUACUUUCCAGACGAUGGAUCUGUGAAUUACUAUAAAUCCAAUUUUGACGAUUUAUUUCUUCUCGUAUCGCCAACUUGCAAAUAUGUAUUCUCAGUAUAUUGUGGCUAACUAAACGUGAAGAGAUGAUUGCAUGGUCAUAUUAUUGUCAAAAGAAAGUGUCCAUGUACCAAUUUUAUUUUGUAACUCUUUACUUUCUGCAAUAUUUGUGCAGUCACAUGAAAUGAAUUUGUGCAAAAGAUUCUUCUCACAUCCUUGUAGGAUGCUGAGCAUCACUUCUACUGGCAAUGUUCUGUGUGGAUGGAGGGAGCGAGAGGGGGGGGGCGGAUUCGUGUUUUUAUUUUUCUGUUUUCCCCAAGUCAGUCUUGUACGUAGUGUGUGACAGACACUUCACAGGAGUUUGUAAAUUAAGAGUGGCGUCAUUUUUACAUGAUGUUACACAUUGUUCAGCGUCAUGUUUCGAUGUUGAAACUAUGGAAGUAAAAAAAAGGAAAAAAAAAAGAUGAAGUUGUCUGCAAGAAUGCCUGCAUUAACCCAUUAAAACAUUUUCCAGCA